AUGAGUCAAGAUAUUGCAAGUAUUGUUCGUAAUGCUGGUGAUCAAAUUGGCAAUAUUCUCGCUGAUCCGACAAUUCCUGUCUCUUCCCUCUGCGGACAUCAUCAUUUUAUUGUAAAAGAUCGGCUUGCUGAAUUAAAAAUUAUUUCGAUUGGUGAAUCAAUGGAGGAAAAACGAAGAUUAUUGAACGAUUUAAUUGAAGGAAAUUCUUGGUAUAAUUAUUUUAUUAAAAAACAAUUGAUUCCUGCUCAAUUUAAAUUUGUUUAUCGUGAAUUUAUGAAUCAUGGCUGCGAUCCAUUUAGUAUCAAUCAAUUAUUUAAUGAAGAAGCCACACAACAUUUGGGCAGUAAAUAUUUGGUGACACAAAAAUUAAUUCGAUUCGUGGCUGGCUGUGGUUCUAAUUCUGUUUUUAAUAUAGCUGCUUCUUGUUAUUUCUCCGAUGAAAUUAAUCCAUAUUAUAUUUAUUUAAAAGGAUUUUUGGUUGAUUUCGUUAAUUUUGUUACAUUGCAAGAUCAGCUGACAGAAUCUGACGGCUUAACAAAGCAAAAGUCUACAUCAACACAAGAAGAAUCGGACGGCCGUGUAGUAUUAUGUUUCAAAUCAAGAAAAUCAACCGAUUUCAUUAAAUCACAUUCGACAUUCGUUAUUGGUGUCACAACAUGUUUUGGUUCGUUUAAUCUUCAAGUAUUUCGAUUAUCACAUGUAAAAUCUGCAACAAGAUUGGGUGGUGGUGAUGCACGUGAUCCAGUAUCAACAAUAUUACGAGCUUAUUACGAACUUGUAUUAGAUGUUAGUUCAGCUACACACAUUGACUCACCAUUAUCAAGGUGUUUUAAUUUGGUUUUUAUUGCAUUUCAACGCACUGGUCAAGACAAAUUUGAUACUAUUAUGGCCAGAUAUUUUGCUGAAACGCAAAGUCGUGACUAUUUUUCCGACACCAUUGAACAUUUACGAAAUUUGAAUAAUAUGCCGGGAACAGAAGAUAAAGUUAAAACUUAUUUUGACAAUGAGUUGACCUCGUUAAAGAAAAUACUUAAAGACAACGAUAAUAAACGAUUGGCGUGA